UUAAAGAAAUAUUUACAAAAAAAGUUGUGAUUGAAAGAAAAAUUUGUAAAAUCUUUGUUUAAAAAAGUUCAACCUGGGUAGUCCAUAUAUAAAUCAUACGCCCACGGGCUCGGAAAGCCCGCUUGCUUUUGCUAACGAUAUCGCUUCAACUACACAAAUUGCUUCGCCUUUAUCUUCAGCCUCUUCAACAGCUACACCCUCCAAUAAACCUUUUCAUUUAUCACAAAAUUCCGCUUUUAAUUUAGCCUUACGUUCCUCAACAACAUUUAACGCUUUUCAAGCUGCCGUAGCCGCCGGUAUUAACGGUUUCUCAUCGCCUUUACAAACGCCGCCGGUACAAUCUCCUCUUAGUUUAUAUACACGCUUCAGCGAACGUUGUGAAGAAAGUUCGGAUUAUAGUUCCAUUACGGCAAUUAACAAUAAUACGGAUAACGAUAAUAUGGAUUUGAUAAAUCCCUACAUGAGACAUCAUACAUUUGCGGCCGCAGCGGCCCAACAAAAUAACACAGCGUCAGUGAAUUUACUUAAUCGCAGUCCGCCUCUGCAUCAUCAUCAUCAGAAUCAUAUAGGUAAUGGGUUUCCAGAUCCCUCACAAAUGGAUUAUCAAAAUCAAUUAUUGGAUUAUCAUAGUGCGGCCGCAGCAGCAGCCUAUGCGGCCAACAAUAACAAUCAUUUAACGGGACCCUUAAUGCUUUUGAAAAAUAACAAUAAUAAUAACAAUAAUAUGGAUAAAAUGAAUUCUGGUUGCAAAUCUCCUAGAUCUGUAGAUGACUCCUCUACACCGCCACCUUUACUCUCGAGUCAUGAGAAUAAUAAUACAAAUAUUUCACAAACCUCAUCCCGCCUACAGUCUGAAUCACCCGAUAAUUGUCAUAGUACUUUAAAUCAAAGAUCACGCUAUGACAACAAUUCUAGUCCCGGUGUAGAUAGUUCAAAAUCAUUUUCCGUUAGCCAGCGUUCUAGUGAAGAAGCCGGCAAUAAUAGUGAAUCAAGUCCUCCGCCCUCCGAUUAUAGUCCCGAAAAUCUUUCAAGUCGUAAAUUUACUUCUUCUAAUACGGGUCAUCCCUUGGGUAUACACAACAAUAACAAUAUAGGUUUGGAUCAUAAAUUACCGUUGAGCUUUUUGGGUCCUCCCCUGGCGGCCUUACAUUCCAUGACCGAAAUGAAAACUGGUAAUGUGUCGGGUAAUGCAGCUUUAAAUGGUUCUUAUGGUGGUCAACAAAAUUCCCAUAUGAUUGGUGAGAAUCGUUCGAAUUCUUCGGGUUCAAAUGCGGGUACAACUAAUACACAAACACAGGGCACUGCAAAUCCUCAUGGUAUUGAUACGAUUUUAUCGAAACCACCACCAGUUACAUCGGCGGGAUUAAGUGCUUUAACGGGAGGCGGCAUACCACGAUUUUCUAUAGCGGCAGCAGCAGCGGGCAUGGCCCAAUAUUUGUCGCAAAAUCAAGGUACCCCCUUAAAAACACAUGCCGGUCAUAUGGUCGAUCGCACACAUUUAUAUUGGCCCGGACUACAAGGUCUAGUGGCAAAUCCAAUGGCGUGGCGAGAACGAUUAUCAAAUACAAUGACCGCCAAUUUAUCACAAUCACACCAGCAUCAUUCAUCCAAUGAUAAGGAUGGUAAGAAAAAACACACCCGCCCAACAUUUAGUGGUCAACAGAUCUUUGCCUUGGAAAAAACCUUUGAACAGACCAAAUAUCUGGCUGGACCAGAAAGAGCUAAACUAGCGUAUGCCUUAGGAAUGACUGAAUCACAAGUUAAGGUUUGGUUUCAAAAUCGCCGCACCAAAUGGCGUAAACGUCAUGCUGCUGAAAUGGCCACCGCUAAACGUAAACAGGAUGAUAUGGGCGGUGAUAAUGGUGACGAUUGCAGUGAACCCAUGGAUAGUGAUAAUGAAAGUCUAGAUAUUGGUGAAAAUCCAGUGCAAAGAAAACGUAAUCGUAUGGAGGAUAAUUAUAGACAUUAAUUUUAUGUUUAAAUGUUUGAAAUAAAAUAGAAAUAGAAAAUACAGUCACACGAAUUUAAUUUAAAUUUAUAUAUUUAAACAAAAGUUAUUAAACUAUUUUUUUCACUAAAUUUUAAGAAAAUAUUUAUGUAAAGAAAAAGUGUUGACAUAUGUUGUUUUAAUUGUGUUGACAUAUGUUGUUUUAAUUGUUGUAAAAAAGGGCGAUAUAAAUUUGCCCGCAAUGAAAAAUAGUGCAAAAAAAGAGGAACACUUUUUGUCCGUAAUGAUUAACAGCGCAAAAAUAAGCAACAUUAUUUUGUCCAUAAUGAAAAAAGCGCAAAAGGGCAGCUUUUUUUCCACGUAAUAAUAACUAACGCAAAAGGGCAACCUUUUUUGACCAUAGUGAAGGCAAUAUUAAUAAAGUUACACUUUUUCUAAUUAUAUUUAUUACAUAUUCUACCCAUUCUUGAUGAAAAUUUGUGCAAAAAGUGCAUUUUUUUGUUCAUAACGGAAAAUAGCGCAAAAGGGCAACAUUUUUUGAACGUAUUGAUAACUAAAGCAAAAGGGUUACUUUUUGGAUCAUAUUAAAGGCAACAUUAAUUAAGUUACACUCUUUCUAAUUAUGUUUGUUACAAAUUCUUUACAUUCUUCAUAAAAAUUAGCGCAAAAAAGUGCAACAUUUGUUGCACGUAAUGGAAAAAGCGUAAAAGGGCAACCUUUUUUACCCAUAGUGAAGGCAACAUUACUUAAGUUACACUAUUUCUAAUUAUGUUUGUUACACAUUCUUCCUAUUCUUUAUAAAAAAGUAGCCCAAAAAUGUGCAACAUUUUUUGCCCAUAAUGCAAAUGUGCGCAAGAAAGUACAAUAUUUUUUGUACGUAAUAAAAAUAAACGUAAAAGGGCAACUGUAUUUGCCCAUAGUGAAGCAACACUUUUUUAAUUGUGCAAAUUACAUAUUCUUACCACUUUUUUAUGAAAAAUAACGCAAAAAGUGCAAAAAUUUUUGCCAAUAAUGAAAAAUAGCGCAAAAGGGCAACCUUAAUUAAGUUACACCAUUUCUAAUUAUGUUUGUUACACAUUCUUAAUAUUCUUCAUAAAAAAUAGCGCAAAAGUGCAACGAUUUGCCCAUAAUGCAAAUUAGCGCAAGAAAGUGCAACAUUUUUUGUACGUAAUGAAAGGGCAACCUUUUUUACCCAUAGUGAAGAUAGCAUUAAUUAAGUUACACUUUUUUAAUUAUGUUAAUUUCUUAUUCUUCCCAUUCUUUAUGGAAAUUAGCGCAAAAAAUUGCAACAUUCUUUGCACAUAAUGAAAAUUAUCGCAAAAGGGCAAAAUAUUUGUCGAUAUUAAAGGCAAUUAAAAAAACACACUUUUUCUUAUAAUCUUUAUUAAAUUUUCUUUUGA